AUGGCCACCCCCAUGUCGACGACCUCCCAGGAGGACUCGAGCAACAAGAAGCUCGAGCAAAUCACCUUCCGCUUCUGCUCCGAGUGCUCCAACAUGCUGUACCCCAAGGAGGAUGAGGAGACCCAUAAGCUGCAGUUCACCUGCCGUACCUGCCAAUUCACCGAAGAGGCCCAGUCUACCUGCGUCUUCCGCAACGUUAUGAACAACGCCGCCGGCGAGACUGCCGGAGUUACCCAGGAUGUCGGCUCAGACCCUACUGUAGGUCACUCCCAGCCUGUCCUUGCCCCUGUUGUCUGCAUCGAGUGCGGCCACGCCAUCCUGUGCACUGGUUGUGGCAACCCCUCGGACGAGUUCGACGUCUCGGUCGUCUCCCAGCCCAACACCCCCAAGCACAAGAACAUGGAAAUCACCUGGGACGACUUGAUGGAGAUGGCCGAAGACGAUGCCAUGGAUGAAUACGACGAGGAGAAGGAGCCGACCGACGCUAUCAACCAAGACUUUGCCAACAUCAACCUUCACCACCAUCAAAACCCCGCCCCCGCCGCGCAGCACGUCUCAUGGCCUACCUUCCAACUCGCCGUCAACCAGUGA